UGCGCACUAGAGCGGGAGGCGGAGUGGAUGCUGAUCACUCCGUAUCCGCUGCCCUGUGCCCUCCAUCCCUCGGCAAUAAGACGAACACGAGCAGGGGACGUCCGAGGAGGUUUGGGGGAAAGAUGGGGAGACAUAUCUGCCGUGGAUGAAGGAAGUCUGAUGUAGACGCUGAGCCAGAGGAGAGCCCAGGCAGCAGCAGCAGUAGCAGUAGCAGCAGCAGUGGGGCUAUAGAUGCCCUCUCUACAGCUCCAGCCCCAGCCCCGCCUCAGGCUGCUGAGGAAAAGCCAGGACAAAGAGGAGACAGCUCCUGCUCUGACUCUGACAGCCCUGUAGAUUCCAGCUCCUGUGACGAGGAGGAGGACGACGAAGAGGAGGCGGAGGAGGGAGGAGACCCCAAGAUGUUCUCUUCCAAAUUCCUCAGUGGGGCCAAUCCCCUCAAUGCUGUGUCGUCUGCUGUAAAUAAGUUUGGCUUAUUUGGAGAUGAUGGGGAGGGGGGUAAAAAUCAGAAAGCAACUCCCCAGCAGACAGUGAAGCCAUCUGGAGAACAGCAAACUGGUGCAAGUCCUGGUAAAGUCCCUCAACAGCAACAGGGACCUCAAACAUCAGGCCAGAGCCCCACUAUGCAAAAGAGCCAGUCUCCUCCUAAACAAGGAUCACCACAGCUGCACGAGAAUGGACAGGCCAGGCCUCCAUCCAAACCCAGUGGUCAACAAGGGGCUCCAAAAACAAGGACACAGCCUGAAGGCUCACCAAAGCCAGGAGCUCAACAGCAGAGUCAGUCCAAGAGUGGAGCACAACCAGGAUCCCCAAAGACGUCGUCUCAACAACCAGGAUCCCCAAAGACGUCGUCUCAACAACCAGGAUCCCCAAAGACGUCGUCUCAACAACCAGUUCCAACUAAGACAGGGAUGCAACAACAAGGAACUGAUAAGACUGGCGCAAAGCAGCAACCGCCUACAAAGACAGGGCAGCAAGGACCUGCAAAAGUUGUACCACGACAAACUGGGUCCGAGCCCGGGUCUCCUAAGGUGGGACAGCAGCAACAGGUAUCGCCGAAAGUCGGCCAGCAGCAACAGGGCUCCCAGCCACAAAGCCUCAGGACUACACCCCAGCAGCAGUCAUCCAAGGGCCCCAGCACAUCUGGCAAGGUCCAGGCAGGGUCUCCAUCACCCGGAGUAACCAAAGCUGGAGUUCAGUCAAAAGCAGCAGCCAAGUCUCUUUGUCCAGUGUGCAACACAACAGAGCUUAAUAUGAGGACAAAGGAACCACCAAAUUACAAUACCUGCAGACAGUGCAAAGCUGAAGUGUGCAGCUUGUGUGGCUUUAGCCCCCCCGACUCUGAUGACCAUGGGUGGCUAUGUCUCACCUGCCAGAUCCAGAGAGUCCAAAGAGCUUCUGAACCACUGGGACCCUCGAUGAAAAAGCCCAGCAAAGUAUCUCCUGCUCAGAGCCAAACACCAGCUGCUGCUGGAUCAGAUUCAGCCCACAAAACGCUGCCUGCAUCGGCAAAGGAGCCAGCAAAAGGAGACACUGCUAAGCAACCUGAAAAUCAAAGACAGGCCAGUCCAGUAUCUGUUCAAAAAAUGACACCUGAGACCAAGAGGAGCUCGACGUCUCAGAAACCUGAGCCGACGGGUCAAACUGGACCCAAGCAAAGCAGCGCCACCGCAGCUCCUCAGCAGGAGUCAGGAGGCUUAUUUGGCUUUGGUGGCUCUAAAAGUGGAGCUGCAAAACCAGAAGAGUCGGUGACAGGGAAGAUGUUUGGGUUUGGCUCUUCUAUUUUUAGCUCUGCGUCCACUUUGAUGGCGUCAGCCGUGAAUGACAGUCCUAAGACCACGCCUCCAGUUUCUCCCAAAAUGCAGUCUAGAAAUGAGAUAAAGCCUCCUUCUGUCAAAAUUCCAGAGCAGGACAAGAAGCCAGACCAGAGCCAUCAGGCAAAGGCGCAGCCAGUAACACAGGACAAAGUGGACAAAGCUCCAUCCAAAACACCAGGACAAUCCACCUGUCCUCUCUGUAAGGUCACGCUCAACAAGGGCUCCAAGGAUCCACCCAACUACAACACCUGCACUGAAUGCAGAAGCACCGUGUGCAACCAGUGUGGAUUUAACCCAAUGCCACAUGUUAAGGAGGGGAAGGAGUGGCUUUGCUUGAACUGCCAGGUGAAACGAGCUGCUGAGGGAAGUGACUCCCAGAAAAACCCAACUAUGGUCGGUCCAUUGCUAAAAAAGACUACUCCAGCACAGCCUGCACAACAAAAGAUGUCUGCACCAGGCUCUCCUCAGAGGAAGGCAUCCUCACCAGCAGCACCGCCCAAGGCUGAUGCUGCUAAAGAAGCCGAUAGUCAUAAACAGGUCAGCACAGCUCCUGGUCACAAAACACAGGAGGGCAGUCACAAAUCAGGUCCACAGAAACAACCAGACCAGCCAAGUCAACCGGAACCAAAGCAGGGAAAUGCCACACAGCAAGACUCAGGAGGCUUCCUUGGCUUAGGCGGUUCUAAAAGCCAGACUGAUGCCGCAAAGACUUCAGAAUCGGUAACUGGAAAGAUGUUUGGUUUUGGUUCCUCUAUUUUCAGUUCAGCGUCCACUUUAAUUUCUUCCGCUGUUCAAGAUGAACCCAAAACUACACCACCGGUUUCUCCCAAAAUGCCUAGUGUGAAGGACUCCAAAGCCCCCACUGCCAACAAAGCAGCACAAGACAAGAAGCCAGAACAACCUCAGCAGGCAAAGGCUUCUCCAUCGGUACAGCCUAAAGUGGAAAAGAAAUCACCAUCACAAACGCCAAAGCAAGGCCAGUCUACCUGUCCUCUCUGUAAACUCCAACUCAACGUGGGUUCUAAAGAUCCUCCAAACUACAACACCUGCACUGAAUGCAAGAACAUGGUGUGCAAUCAAUGUGGAUUUAACCCAAUGCCAAAUGUGAAAGAGGUGAAGGAGUGGUUAUGUCUCAACUGCCAGAUGCAGAGAGCAUUAGGAGCAUCUGAGCCUCCAGGAACACCCAUGAUUAAACAACAAGCCUCACCAAAUAAAGCACCCACAGAUACAAAAACCCAGGAGAUGGAACCUCCCCAGUCGGAUAAAACUCAAAAGAAAGACAUUCCACAAGAGAGUAAGAAGAUGGGUCCUCAGGAACCAGCUGUAAGUAAUACUACUACAACUCCACACGGGGAACCUGGAGGGUUCUUUGGUUUUGGCAGUCCUAAAGCUCAGCGAGAUGCCACGAAGACGGCCGAUUCACUGGGUGGAAAGAUGUUUGGAUUUGGUUCCUCCAUCUUCAGUUCUGCAUCCACUUUGAUGAACUCAGCUGUGCAAGAUGAAUCAAAAACAACACCACCGGUUUCUCCUAAAAUGCCUGCUGCAAAGGCAACCAAGUCACCACUUGCUCAGCGAAAACAGGAGGGGGACAAACUAGAGCAAGCCCAACAGGCCAAGGUGUCUCCUCUGCUACAAGCCAAAGGGGAAAAAGCUUUCUCACAGCCUACAAAGGAAGCUACUCCAUCGGGUCCCAAAGCAGAACAAUCGACCUGUCCACUCUGUAAGGUGAAACUUAAUAUUGGCUCCAGUGAACCUCCUAACUACAACAAAUGCACUGAAUGUAAGAACAUGGUCUGUACCCAGUGUGGAUUUAACCCAAUGCCAAAUGUGUCAGAGGUAAAAGAGUGGCUAUGCCUGAACUGUCAGAUGCAUAGAGCUCUUAGUGCAUCUGAACCCACAGGUCGGCCACAAGGUGCAACUAGCAAGGCUUCUCCAUCUCCCAUACAGACGAAGACACCAGCUCCUAACCAAGUGGAAAGCAGUGAAAAUAAAGGUCUACAGAAAUCUGAUGCAUCUCUAAAGAAAGACACUCAAAUGCCCGAUACCCUGCAAAAGAAGACGAGUUCCACACUUGGCUCUCCUCAGAAGACACAGCAUACGACAGUAACACAGACGACUAAGGUUACUAAAAAGUCAGAAAGUGACACACAGGCUAGCCCAGCUCCUGGUCAGAAACCUGACCACACAAGUAAACCUGGAGCUAAACAGAGUAAAGUCACUGCAGAUUUACAGCAAGAGUCAGAAAAUGUAGCUGGCUUGGCUGAAUCGAAAACAGCACCUGCUGAUUCAAAAACAGCAGAGUCCGUGACCGGGAAGAUGUUUGGCUUUGGUUCCUCCAUUUUCAGCUCAGCGUCGACGUUGAUAUCAUCAGUUGCCGAUGAUUCGCGCAAGACACCACCAGGCUCUCGUAAAAUGUCUGCUCCGGGACAAGUCUCUCCUAAGACGUCAGCUAUCGGCAAGAUUUCUUCAAAGAGUUCACCAACAGUUUCUCCAAAAAUGUCACUGGCCAGAGAGCCAAAAACCCUUGCUGAGCAGGAAAAGAAACCAGAGGAACGUCGCAAAAGCAAAGAAGGCGAGACCUUAUCACACCCACCAAAGGCAAUGACAGGUCUUAGUAGCUGUCCACUGUGUAAGACUGAACUUAACAUUGGUUCUAAGGACCCUCUGAACUACAACACCUGUACUGAGUGUAACACCACUGUCUGUAACCAAUGUGGAUUUAGUCCCAUGCCCAUGGGAGGGGAAAAGGAAUGGCUAUGCCUUACCUGUCAGAUGAAAAGAGCAGUUGGAGCAUCUGAGCCCCCAGGACCUCCCACAAUAAAGUCCCAAACCUCACCUAGUAAAGUUCCUUCACCUGCUGCAGUCCAGUUGACAGAUUCUCCCAAACCAGCUACACCACAAAAGAAAGACAGUCCAAGCCCCAGUGUGCAAAGAAAGGCGGAACCAGUCUUACCACAGACAAAGGAUAAGCUAAUGCCAUCAGUGCAGACAGGCAAACCAGAAACUGCUGCUGCACCAUUAAAACGGGUCAGCCCAACACUUGAUCAUAAAACACCACAGGCUGGACAGAAGACUGGUCCAGAGAAGCCACAGGAUCAGACAGUUCAAUCUGGACGCAGGCAGAGUAAUGCAGCCGCACAAGAGUCAGGAGGCAUCUUUAGUUUUGGUGGCAGUAAGCCUCAACCUGAUGCUGCAAAGCCUGCAGAAUCUGUGAGUGGAAAGAUGUUUGGUUUCGGUUCUUCCAUCUUCAGCUCUGCAUCUACUUUAAUAAACUCAGCUGUUCAGGACCAGGCCAAGAUCACGCCACCAGUUUCUCCAAAAAUGUCUCCUGCAAAGUCCACUGCUCCGCAGAAGCCGGAACAAAAGGUAACACAGUCACCUCAACAAACCAAGCCUUUAUCAUCAGGACAGGUUAAGGUCGACAAAGCCUCAUCUGAGCCCUCAACAGCUCCUACAGUUCCCCAAAAAGGUGUUACCCAAGGGAAGUCUGCUUGUCCGCUUUGUAAGACUGAACUCAAUAUGGGUUCCAAAGACCCGCCAGACUACAACACAUGCACCGAAUGCAAGAACACUGUCUGUAACCGGUGUGGAUUUAACCCAAUGCCAGAUGAAACAGGGGUUAAGGAAUGGCUGUGUCUCACCUGCCAGAUGCAACGAGCUCUAGCAUCACAGCCUCCAGUAGUUACUUCUGUUACUCCCCAGAUUUCUCCAAAACCACAAAAGAAAGAUACCACUGGCCCAGUUGGUGAAAAGACAGACUCACCUCAGAGGAAGCUGUCUAUAACAACACAGUCAGCUGCAGCUCAGAAACAGGCCAGCCCAACUCCUUCUCAGAAGAUGCCACAGGAGCCGCCAAAAGCAUCACCUCCAAGAAAAUUAUCAGACCAGACCCAACAAUCUGACUCUAAGCAGAGCAAUGUCACAGCAGCAACUCAACAAGAGUCAGGAGGCUUCUUUGGCUUUGGUGGCGGUAAAAGUGCUGCAAAACCACCAGAGUCUGUGUCUGGAAAAGUGCUUGGCUUUGGUUCUUCCAUCUUCAGUUCAGCAUCUACUUUGAUCACAUCAGCUGUUGAGGACCAGACAAAGAUCACUCCGCCAGUUUCUCCAAAACUGUCCCCAGCAAAACAGGUUAAGUCCCCAACUCUCCAAAAGAAAGACGAACAGAAAAAAACAGAGCAAGCACAGCAGUCGAAGUCGAGUCCAGUCGUGCAGGCUAAAGUGGAUAAAGCUAUAUCACAGCAUGCAAAGACUGCAGGAGGCUCAGACAAGUCUACCUGUCCACUCUGUAAGGUUGAACUCAACAUGGGCUCUAAGGAUCCACCCAACUAUAACACCUGCACAGAAUGCAAGAACACUGUCUGCAAUCAGUGUGGAUUUAACCCUGCACCAAAUGUGUCACAAAUAAAAGAGUGGUUGUGUCUGACCUGCCAGAUGCAAAGAGCUCUCAAAGCACCUGAAUCAGCAGAGCUUCCACUUAAGAAACCACAGGCAUCACCCACCAGAGUGUCCACAUCUGCUGCUGCAAUAAAAGAUGUCAGUCAGAAGGAGGACGUCACUGUACAAAAAGCAGAGGUGCCUGAUAAGAAUCGAAAGGACAGUCCAGUGCAGCAAAAGAAAGAAGACAUUAAAACCCCACUUCAGAAGGAUAUUACCCAAGAAUCAAUAGCUCCCUCAAUACCUGCAAAGGAGGCUCCAAGUCCUGUUCCAGCACCAACAAAAGAGGAGAAAACUGACAUUCCAAUCCCCACUCCCCCUUCCACAAAAGAGGUGGUUGCUACAGUUUCACAUCCCAGUAAAUCAUUGCUUACUCAAGCCCCACAAGUUGGAACAGAUAUUGAAACUUCUCUUCACAAGGAAAAGGAUUUGACAUCACCAAGUCCUCCAACGAUAAAAGAACAGUCUCAACAGAAAGAGGAAAAAGCUGAAUUUUUUCAGAAAUCAACGGAUCAACUAAUCAAGACAUUUGCUGAAGCAAAGCCUCAACAAGCUCAGAUUAAAAAUGCAAAACUUGUUGAAAGACCUGCUACACCUCCAGCAACAAAUCAAGAAUCAGGAGGUCUUUUCGGCUUUGGUAGUCCGAAAUCCCAUCGUUCAGCCUCAAUAACUUCUGAAGCUGUGACAGGGAAGGUGCUGGGAUUCGGUUCCUCUCUUUUCAGCUCAGCAUCUACUUUGAUAACAUCCGCAGUUCAGGACGAGUCCCGCACAACUCCACCAACCUCCCGCAAAAUGUCUGCUCCAGCACAGGUGUCAGCAUCUCCGAAGCCCAGCCCCCCAGUUUCUCCAAGGCUGACUUCCGCAAAAGAAGUCAAAACUCCUGCUGUAUCAAAACCAACUGUGGAAAAGCCCCAAGAACAACCUCAGCAGACAAAGGAUUCUGCAUCAGGACUGGCCAAGGUUAAUAAAGGUGGAUCAGAGCCUACCAAGCCAGAAGCUGCCACCAAAGGGGCUCAGUCUACUUGCCCACUUUGUAAGGUUGAACUUAACAUGGGCACCAAGGAUUCAUCCAACUACAACACCUGCACCGGAUGUAACACCACUGUCUGCAACAAAUGCGGAUUUAGUCCUAUGCCAAACGUAGCAGAGGCAAAAGAAUGGCUUUGUCUUAACUGCCAGAUGCAGAGAGCCCUUGGAGCGUCUGAACCACCCGGUCUUCCCAUGAUAAAAUCUCAACCUUCGCCAAGCAAAAACGUCCCUGCUGCCCUGCAAAAGACAGAAACAACUCCUGAAAUAGACAUACAUAAACCAACACCAGCACCACCCAAAACUAAGCUUGGUGAAGUUGCUGCAGCCAAAGAAACUGACUCUCCAGUCCUUACUGCAGAAAUCAAGAAAGUUAUGGCAACAGAUGCCUCACUGCCAGAAAGAACAACAACAUCUGAAGAGAAGGCCAAAAUACAACCUGGUGCACCCCAGCAACAACCUGGGACUACUACUGCUAAGUCAGCUUCUUCAACAGAGCAAGGUGUAGGAAAGCCAUCCCCGCAAACAUCACCAAAACCAGGUACAUCUCCAGCCAAACCCACAGCACCACCAGCCCAGCCUACAAAACAGGAGUCAGGAGGUUUCUUCGGUUUCAGUGGCCCCAAAACACAACCCACACCCGCAAAGCCUGCUGAGUCAGUGAAAGGGAAAAUGUUUGGGUUUGGAUCAUCGUUCUUAAGCUCUGCCUCUACUUUAAUAACUUCAGCUGUCCAGGAUGAACCUAAAACCACACCACCAACUCCACGCAAGCUGUCGACUACAGGCCCCGUCUCUCCUAAACCAACACCACCUGCCUCUCCUAAACCUGCCAAGGACACCAAACCACCUCCUGCCCAGAAACCUGAGGACAAGAAACCAGGGAAACCACAACAGGAAAAGGCUCCUUCAGCACUGCAAGCUAAAGUGGACAAAGUAGAUCCAUCCAUUUGUCCACUCUGUAAGGUCAAACUCAACAUUGGUUCAAAUGAGCCUCCGGACUACAGUACAUGCACCGAAUGCAAGACCACUGUCUGCAACCAAUGUGGAUUUAACCCAAUGCCAAAUGUGACAGAGGCAAAGGAAUGGCUGUGUCUGAACUGCCAGAUGCAGAGAGCACUUGGAGCUUCUGAGCCCACUAGACUGCCUGAAGUGAAACCACAGCCCUCCCUGAACAAAACUGUUACAACAUCAGCGUCUGAACAGAAGGAUACUCAGACAGAGAAAUCUACAGCAGCCAAAACAGACAUCACACAAGCAAUCCCGCCUAACGAGAAAACUCCCAAAGCUGAGGUCCCAUUGCCAACUUCAACUAAAAUGACAGAUGUGUUACGACAAGGUUCUAUUCAAAAGACACAGAUCCCCUCAGGUACUGAACAUGCACAGGCCCAGGAUGUGGUUGGUGAGCAUCAGCCUGUUGGAAAAACCCCACACGUACAGCUUUUUAAAACUACAAAGCCAGACGUUACGGAAGACCCUUCAAAACAAGCAGCUGUAAAACCACUACAGCAGCCUUCCAGAUCUGCAACGCCUCCUGCCAAGGCUGUACCUUCGCCCCCGCAGCCUGCUAAACAGGAGUCAGGUGGUUUGUUUGGCUUUGGUGGUGCUAAAACACAACCCGCAGCAAAGCCUGCCGAGUCAGUGACUGGGAAGAUGUUUGGUUUUGGUUCCUCUAUAUUCAGCUCUGCAUCUACUUUGAUCACGUCAGCUGUUCAGGAUGAACCUAAAACUACACCGCCAACUCCACGAAAAAUGUCUGCUUCUCCCAGUGUCACUCCUAAGGCUACGCCUCCAGUCUCACCGAAGAUGGCCCCCGCAAAGGAGACCAAACCACCUGUGCAGAAACCGGUGCCACACGAACAAAGCAAACCUGCUCCUUUAGCACAGACCAAAGUCAAGGAGGCUCCACCAGUGCCUCCUAAAGUGGACGUGUCCACCUGUCCACUCUGUAAGGCCCAACUCAACAUAGGAUCCAAGGAUCCUCCCAAUUACAACACCUGCACCCAGUGUAAAAACACUGUCUGUAGUCUUUGUGGAUUUAACCCCAUGCCUCAUACAGCUGCGAAGGAAUGGCUGUGCCUGAACUGCCAGACUCAACGAGCUUUGCUGGGACAAAUGGGAGAUGAAAAGGUUUCCCAGACAUCACCUGUGCCUGCCAAGAUAGAGACCCAGGCCACACCUGUAAUGAAAAAGGUAGAGCCCAAACCAACCCCUACAAAGACAGACCUUACAGCUGCAGCCACAACCGCGCAGACCACAUCUGCUUCCGUCAAGGACAGACCGACAGUGUCUACUGCAAAGCCAAAGAUGGAACCUUUCCAUGUAGAAACGGCUACAGCUGCACCAGCUCCCACAGAAACCAAGCUUGAAACCAUGAUUCCACCCACAAUAUCAAAGGUUUUACAGGGUCCAGAAGAAAAACCUGCAGAAGCAUCAACCAUGGCCCCUGAUCAACCAACGUUAGUGACACCAAAGGCCGGAAUUGUAAAGUCAGAGGUUUCCAAAGCUGUGACAAUGGAAGAUGGUGAAGAAGCAGUGAAGACCAAGAUUACUGUAGCAGACAUUUCCAAGACUAAAACAGAUCUUCCACAAGUCAAAGCUGAAGCUAUUGCAGCAGCUCCCACUGUUCUCGUGACAGAGACAGCAGCUGUCACCUCCCAUGUUGCUGUGGAAGCUCCUACGAUUCAAGCUGUUCCCGAAAGUGAGACUAAGGCAGAAAUCAAAUUAACAGAGGCAACAAAAUCUUUACCUCAAGUUGACAUGCAACCACAGUUACAAGAACCACAACCAGUGUUAGAAGCAGCUAACACCAAAGAAAUGGCCAUUAAGCCUGUUCACAAGAUUAUCGAUGACACGUUCCCAAUAGAGAAACAAGCAGCAUCUACAAAGGACAUUACUAUCAAAGAACAAGAAAACCAACCAGAGGAGUCCAUGAAGCAGAGAAAGGAUAGUUUACCUGGACAGAUUAUAUUGGAUAACAAAGAUUCCACUACAGCUACUAUUAAGAUAAAACCCAAAGCAAUUGAGCUUCAAGAAGAUCAGCCCCAGAUUUUACCAAUAAUGCAGGAAUUAGAAGAUAUACAGGUGGAAGCCAUUACAAAUGAAAGUGAUAUGAAUGCAAAGUCAUCCAUGGCAGUACAAGAGGAAGCUAAACCUGAGAGAAGGCGUCUAAGUGUCCAAGCAAUGGAUGAGAGCAGUGAAAGCGAGCUCACAACAUCACCCUCCCCUAAAGUUCAGAGGAGGAAGCUAAAGGUGACAAAUGUAUCAUCCAGCAGUGAGGACAUCAAAACUGAAAGUGCUGACUCGUCGGGAGAAGAUGAGGAGUUUAUCCGCAAACAGAUAAUGGGCAUGGGUGGCGAAGAGGAAAUGUCUCUUUCAGAAGAUGAGAAAGAAAACGAGGCAGCUAUCCGAAACGUUGAGACUGAUAAUGCCUCAGUCACAGCCAAAUCCCUGCCAGGAAAAGGAAGCCUAGAUAAUGAAGAUAUCUUAGGCAGAAAAGCCCUCCCAGAAACAAACACUGCUACUACUCAAAAUGUUCCAGAAAAAAUACCCAGCACUACUCUUAAGAAAGCUAUUCCAGUCAUGAGACAGAGACAGAGCACUGAUGAGGAAGUAGAGAGCAUCACGGAAUCUCUGUCAAAGGGAUCAUCGAGUGUACAAGCAUCGAGCAUUACACCAGGAUCCUCGCCUACGUCAGCCUCUUCUUUGGAGGAGGACAGUGAUAGCAGCCCCAGUCACAGAAAAGUCAAGGGGGACAAACAGCAUCGAAAAGGUAAGCACAGACAACCGACCCAACCCCUGCCCACUAUUGAAGACUCCUCUGAGGAGGAGAAGAUGAGAGAGGAAGAUAGAACAAAGCAUGGUAAAGACGAGCACCGAGGCUAUGGUCAGCCCCUAUCUCCAACUGAAGAAGGUUCCUCUACAGAAGAUCUUAGAGAAGUCACUGUAAUGGAUGAAACCAACAGAACAUCUGGCUCAGAGUACUCUGGCAGCAUAGAAUCAGAACCAGAAACUAGGCAAGCUGUACAGAGAGGACGUAAACCAUCACCAACAGUCAUACCAUAUAUUUCUUCUGAUCCAUUUAAAGAGAAGGACACUAUGACAAGAUCUCUGAAGAGUGCAGAAGAAGCAUAUGAGGAAAUUAUUCAAAAGACUAAAGCUAUUCCAGGGGAGAGUCCUCCAGAUAUUGAGCCACUCUUUGGAGGAAUGCCAAUAGAAGAUUACCUGUAUGAAUCCUUGGUUGAAGAGCCUGAAAUUAAAAUAAGUGAAUUCCAAGAGGAACAAGCUAAAGAGGACGCAAGCUCUGAAUCUCACAAAAAACUCAGGUCUCCAGAGGAGGUUUAUGAGGAGAUGAUGCAGAAAAAGAGAGAAUUACUGAUGAUAGAGGAAGAAUUUCAACAGGCCCAGACUGCCAUGGAAUCUUCUUACCUAGAGGCUUCAUUCACUGGUCCUUCCUUAGUUUCUGAGACCUGUGUGGUGACCAUACCCACAGAAGAGUCAUAUCUGCCUGAGUCAUCUGAUACGCUACUUACAGAGGCCGAAGGCAGUGAAGUGCCAUCUAAGAAAAAGAAACGACCAGCUCCACCUCGCCCCUCUGAACCUCCUAAGCGCCCUGAGGUGACAGUUGUUCCCAGUACUCCCAGUGGAUCAAUUAAUUUCAUUAGGCCUAUGGUUCCCCAAGAUCCUGCUCUCAGAAAAGCACUGUUUCCCAUACCAGACCUCAAGAUUACACAGUGUUCCUCAGGAGAAGAAGAGGAUGACAGUCUUGCAGAUGAGUAUGGCAUUGGCAUUUCAUCUGAUAUUACCCCUAGUGAUGACUCUGAGACUAAAGAUCCGUCCAUUAGCCCACCUUUGUCUGACACUACUGAAACUGAGCCUUUUUGUGUCAUCUGUGAAAUUCCAGAGCCCAAACCUAUUCCAACACCAAUAUCAGCUCCAGAACUGACAACUACACCUUCCCCUGUAUCACCAGUGUCACCUCCAACUUCGCCAGCUACUCCAGACUCCAGUUUAGCUUCCAAUGCCACAUCCUCAUCCUCAUACCAGGCUCAAACACCUCUUUCAUCAGAUUCAGUGCCUUUGUUUACACCAACACCUCCACCUUCACUCGGAAUGCAGUCGCCGCCAGAGAUCUCACCAGUAUCGCCUGUCACAAUCACAGCAGAGCCAUCCACUGCUGGUUUGGUCUCUCAUCCCACUCCAACUACAGUUAUAGUUUCAAUACCUGAUGUGGUGUCUGAUCCAUCCAAAGCUCAAACAGCUGUAGUGGUUCAUGGUAGGGCUCCUGUAAGUGAACCCCCAGCUCAAGGCCCAGUGGAUGUUCCCACCCAUGAGCCCGUUGUAGUCCAAAUGCCAGACUUGGUUUCAUCUCCAUCUCAGGUGCCUGUCUCAGCUCCAGCCGUUACACAGAUCGCACGGCAAAGUCCAGCACCUACUGUUGUGUCAACCUCACCUGCAGCACUGGUAACAGCUAGGCCUGUUGCACACUCCAGUCUGGCGUCAGUUCAUGUUUCUGCUCAUACCCCCAUGGUCUCAAGCCCUGGACCAGUCGUAGUCCAGAUGCCUGACCUGGUUUCAACAACAACUCCAAUUUCUACACAAACUACUCUACCAGUCUCAGUAGUUGUGACCACCCCAGCUCCAGCCCAAGCCAAAGUGGUACACUCAGUACCUGUACAACCUGCCAGACCAUCAAUGAGCCCAGUGGUGGUUCCAGCACUCCACACAACAGCACCAGCUCCAGCAUCAACUACUAUAAUCAAAAAGAAGGUCCCACCCCUUCCUCCUCCUCGAUCUACUUCUGUGUCAUUACCCGAGUCAACAAAUACAGAACAUCUGCUUGCAAGGACUGUUCAGCAUGUCACCCCAACUGCCACGACCACUACAAUAGCUAUGGCAAUCUCAACGGCUAGCCAGCCAAUGCAGUCUGUAGUUGUGGAUAUACAGCCAAGGAUGGAAGAUAUGCAGCCAGGGAGUGUGACUGUUCCUCAUAUGGUAACUCCAACCAGGCAAGGACAUGUAGUCAUCAUAGUGCCUAGCGCGGAAAACACAUCACUGGUUGGACAAACUCAACACAUAGUUAGCACAGAGUCAGUUCCCUCCCCUGCCUCAUUGACACAAAGCAGUAGAAUAACUACUUCAAAAGUUCCAGAUACACCAAGGUCAGCUACAGCUCCACUAGCUACUAUGGUGUCAACAGCGCCAGUAGCAUCAGCUCCACCCCUUCCACCUAAACCUGUGGCAGAUACAAAAGCUGUAGACACAGUGGAAAUCCUAGUAGCAGAUACUCCUACCCCACCUCCUCCUACAACACCUAAACCCACCGUUUAUCCAAAACCACCAGUUCCCACUGCUGUGACACUAGCACAGGUUUCUGUCACAACAACCGGACUUAGUCAAACUUCCAAACCUCCUCCCCCUAUACCACCUAAGCCUAUAUCAAUUCCAGCUGGUUUAGUUUUCAGCCAUAAGCCAGGAGAAAGCAUUAAGCCACCUCCUCCCCCCGUGGCUCCUAAAGCUGCAACACUGCCCAGAACCAAGGAACCUCCAAAUGCUCUAUCACUUAGCCUGACACAACCUGUGGAAUCGAAGUUGGGUGUAACAUCUCCUAAGUCUCCUUUGUCUCCCAGACAUGUCAAAUGUUUGCAAACCUAUGUGGUUAUAACCCUUCCAUCUGAGCCUGGUUCACCAACUGAGGGAAUAACAGUCCAGGCACCUGUGAGACGAGGGUCAAUUCCAUCUACAAAGGUGUCAGGGGUACGGGCCACACCUUCAGAACAGAAAACACCCAGUGAAUCGUUCUCAGCACCGGCUACUAUAAGAAGAACCUCUGUCCCGAGUGUCCGACAUCCACCUCAAAUACCUCCACCUCCAACUGUGCCAUUGGAGACAGUAAUGCCCUCUGAAGUGGUUACUGCAAAAGUGCAAGCCUCUGACUUUGUGCCUCCGGUACCAUGUGUAGCUGAUGUCAUUACAGUGUCAUCAUCUCAGGAUAGAGCCAUUGAGGUACGCACUGUACCUCCUCCAAUUAAAAAGGCUUAUUCACAACAGAAACCAAUUACUCAACCACUGCCACCACCUAAACCAAUGCCAGAGUCGCAGUUUGUCACAAUUUCUCCUGAACCACAAAUUUUCAUUCAACCACUAACAGUCCAAGCUGCAGCCCAACCAUGUUCUAUACCAUUUGUGGGCACAGAGAUUGUCGAAGUUCCAGUAGAGGUUUCUGUUGAAGCCGAAGUUCCGUAUGCUCCAAUACCAACUGUACCUGUUCAAUACCAGCAACUUACAGAAGUUUCUGCUGUACCAGUGCAGCCUGACGUACCUUUAUAUGUAGUAGAUUCCCAGAAGAGACCAGUCACAUACCCCUUAACAUCUUUUUAUCCACAACCUGAAUUGGAAGCACUACAAAAGGAAAAGGACAUUCCUAUUGAAGUGAUUGUCACUGGGGGAGUUACAAGAUCACCAAAAACUGGAGUUAGUCCUGUUCCAAUUCAUGAUCAACAUAAAGUAGUUGAAGAGCAAGAAGUGCCCACUGAGCUCCCAUCAAUACAACAACCUGUCCAGCCACUGGACUUUCUGCCUGUAGUGACACAAGAGCUCUUUAUGUUGCAGCCACAUCUAGAAAAUACAAAAUUCAAAUUACCUACAGAUGUCAUAACGGACAGUGGUGGUUUAAUAUCAGGUCCAGAAACAGUUCUUCCAGCACCUUAUUCUUUACAAGCGGAAACCAAAAUUACCCCUCAACUUGAAGAAGCUAUAACAAUGCCACCAACAACAUUCACACCUGAAAUUACACAACUGUCUCAUGUGACAGAAGUCAAACCAGUGGCAGUGCAGCCGGAAAUACCUCCUGUAACAUAUAUACCACAGAUUUAUAUACCACCCUCAGUCAUGUUACACUCAGAAUUACCACAGGAAGCCACAGGAUUGCAACCUGAACGUGAGAAACCCACAGAUGUUUAUAUGAGAACAGCUACAAUAUCAUCAUCAACACCUGUGAUGCCUCAAGUAGCAGCUGAAAUGUCAUGUGGAGUUGUUACAACUGAGGAAACCACCAGUAGGAGAAGGACAUCGAUAUCCUCCAUUGCACAGCCACCAUACACCACAAGCGACAUAUUUACCUACCCCACAGAAUAUGAAACACCCACACAGGUAAUAACAAGUGAGGCAUUUGGUGCUACUCUGAGAGAAUCUAUAAAAAUGCAGCAGCCAUUUGGACUGGCCCAGGUAGUGACCAUGCCAGCUGAAAAAGAUAUUCCUUUUGAUGGCUACGAUGCUCAAGUUCCGUACAGAGAAAAACCUAUUCCUUCAACAGAACAACAGCCAAGAAUGUUAACUUAUUCAUCUGAAUAUGAUCAACCUUUGGAGAUAAUAACCACUGAGGCUUACACCAGGAGAACAUCAGUGCCCACUGCACAGGACAUUGCUCAGGGUGUAUCAGCUCCAGUCACCAUAACUAAAAUUCACCAGGAAUCUAUAGAAAGCCAAGAGUUUCGAGGACCAGAAAAGGUUGUCUCCAGUUUGAGUCACAUGUAUGCUUCCUCAAUUUCGACCUCAGGUCAGCCCCCCGAAAGCCUGCCUAGUCUGGUCACUCAGGUGGUCACCACUGAGGUCCAGAGGACCACUGUUUCUGUGGUCCAUGAAAGACUUUCACAGCCUCCACCCAGUGUAGCCAUCACUGUACAGCCAGAUAUGGUUAAAGUCCACCCUCCGCCAAAACAGAAUGGGAAGGUAAUAUAUCCCGGUGAUGUUAUUGAUUUACGUACUAUGAAGGCUGGUUUGAAGAUGACAGAACAAGGAAUGGAUCUAACACCGCCUGAUUCAUGUCGACACUCUUUUUCAAGUGACUAUAGCGGGCGUCAGAUCACAGCAGUGCAGCCCGAAAUUGUAAAUCUUAGUCCAGAGAUCACCCCUGCAACUACACUGUCAUUGGUCACGGACAGCAUCACAAUAGUUACAUGCACAGCCACUAUUGCAUCACGUAACAGCAUUCCAGCAGAGAAACCACUUGACUUGCAAGGCCCUGUUACGUCGCCUUUGCCUCUCACAACAUACAAAUCAUUUGAACCACUGGCACAGAUUGUGUACAGACCUGUGAACACUCAGCCCAUGGUUAGUGCUGUAACAUCCACAGCUCAAGAUGUUCCCAUUAAUCUCUCCUUUGGAGCCCUUGUCUCGCCGGGAGUCAAGCAACCAAUGACUUCAACCUCAGCAGCUGUGACCAACAGAGGUCCUGUUCUUUCUCUAGAGGCCACAGAAGCCAUGGAUCUGUCAAACUACAAACCAGUGAGAGCUAUGGUAGCUUUGUCCAGCACAAGUCCAGGAGUGGUGACCACUGUUGUAGAGGAUGAUGGGACUCCUGUUGACCUUACAGCUGGUAGAAGUGUGUGCUGUGAUGUCAUUUACAAGCUACCAUUUACUGGAAGCUGCAGAACACAGCCUGCAGUUACUACACAGCCUGACAGUCUCUACCAGGAAGAUGCAGGAAUUUAUGGCAUCAAAGGCAUGAAUGGCAUUAAAGCAUCAGUGACCCAGAGCAACAUUACAGAUGCAGAACUGCUUACCUAUGAGCCUAAGAACGGCUAUGACUAUCUGAGUGGAGCUCCAGACGCUGCUAUAGACCUCACUGCUGCCAAACUUUCUGCAGGUGAAGCUCUAGACUACACUAGCAAAGCAACAGAAGUCUUCGCUGGAAUGACUACAGCUCCAUACUCCCAGAUAAGUGCAUCUGGCUUUGGAGUAAAUACUGUUCUAAGGACCUCAGAUGGAAUAGUUUAUUCUUCUGUUGCUGCCCCAGUUCCAUCCACAUAUGCAAUUACUACACAGCCAGGCUCAGUCUUUAGCACUACCCUAACCCCUACAUCAACAGUGCAGAACCAGGCAUUGCUUCAUCCAUAUGGCUUCAUUCUUGCUACAGACCCAGGACAGAUAAUUCCUUUUGACACGGGAAUACCGAAGGAGCUUCUACCUACAGCUCUGGCUGACAUCAUAUCAGGUUAUCCAGAAAUGUACUCAGACACCACUCUGGAAGCAAUUGCUGCCUCUCUGGAUGCUUUAGCCUCUUCCCCAAUAUUUCCUGGCUUAGACAACACCAAAAUGGCUCAAUAUCAGAUGGAGAGGGAGUUUCUAGAGCUAGAGAAGCUUAAGCAGCUCUGUCUCGCUGAGGAGCUUGAGUGGGAGAGGCAAGAGAUCCAGCGUUACCGUGAACAGGAGCAGCUUAUGGUCCAAAGGGAGCUUGAGGAGCUUCAGGCUCUGAAGCAGCAGCUUCUCCUGCAGCAAGAAGAAGAGCAUCAUGCUCACAUGGUGGCCCAGCAGGAGACCUAUGCUCAACAGAAAGAGCAGUUGCUGCAAAUUCAGCAGCUGCAACUACAACUUCAGCGACAGCUAGACGAGCACUAUGGCACCACUGGUCCCACAGGAAACCUCUUAGAUGCUAAAUUUGCAGGGGUAGGGGACAGUGGCCAGUACUGGCCUGUCAAGGAUGAGUCAACGACUGCAUCUAUUGGAACACACCUAGACAAAAAUCAUGACCAAUCUAAUUUAGUAAAGAGGCUUCAAGCUGACCUGGACACCGGGAAAAAAAUCAUUGAUAGUGGAGUGCAGACAGAUGACGAAGACUCAGCAGAGAAGCAGCAUGUGGGACGAAAAAAGAAAAAUAAGAGGGACAUAGACAGCUCAGGUCAGACUGAUGAUGAGGACCAAGAUGAAUGGGAUACUCCCACAAAAGCUCGGCGGCGCUCUCGAAAGCAUAGCAGUGAAGGGAAACAUGGCUCUAAAGUCUCUAGCAUUGCCAUCCAGACAGUGGCAGAGAUUUCUGUGCAGACUGACCACUCUGGAACCAUUAAACGACCCAACGUCCAGAUGGAUACAAAGGUGGAAAUCAUCAAGCAUAUCUCAGCUCCAGAGAACUCCCAGAGAGGGGGCAGUUUGAGCUGUCAGACAGACUUAGACAGAAGACACACACCCAUUGAGGUGGGAUACAGCACGCACCUUAAAGCAGAUGUCCCUUCUAAGUCUAAGCUCUUCUACAGCCAAGUCUCCCCCCUUUCCCCUGAAAAGGCAGUUGGAGGACAGCGAAUGCUUACUGCUGAUCCAAACCGAUUUUCUUCUGGUCCUCGGAUAUUAAAAGCUGGUCAGAAGUCUCUAUCUGAUCCUAAAUCCCUUAGUCCUUCCACAGAAGACCGGAUGAGUGGAUACUAUGCAGACAGCUAUUCUAGCCGAGGUUCUCCCUCUGGUACAGGUAAGAAGGUAAAACGUACACUGCCAGACCCCCCACCCGAGGACGACUCUCUGACAGGAUGUUCAGGCUACAGCACCAACUCUGCUCGUCGGCGCCUUGCCCGGAGUACAACAAUGGCCAGGGCAAAGAUCCUGCAGGACAUUGACAAGGAGCUUGAUUUGGUGGAGAGAGAAUCUUCUAAACUUCGCAAAAAGCAAGCUGAGCUAGAUGAAGAGGAAAAGGAGAUUGAUGCCAAGCUACGGUACCUGGAGAUGGGUAUCAACCGGCGUAAGGAGGCCUUGCUUAAAGAGAGAGAAAAGAGAGAGAGAGCCUAUCUACAGGGGGUAGCAGAGGAAAGAGACUACAUGUCAGACAGUGAGGUUAGCAACAUCAGGGAGGCCAGAGGUGAUGGCCUGGAAAGACCAAGGACAGCUCCCCAGUCAGAGUUUGAUCAAUUCAUCCCCCCACAGACAGAAGCUGAUUCCCAGUACAACACACUUACUAGUCCCUACUCCCAUUAUGCCCAGUAUAGUCCCCAGACCCAAACCACCAGUCAUUACACCCAACAGAACCUGUAUCAGCAGCAGUCCCUUUACCACCAACAGGUGUCUCCAUACCCAACGCUGUCCCUUUCCCACGGCCAGACUCAGCCUAGCAGCUACCAACAUGCUCUUCUCCUGCAGCAGGGCAAGCAACGACAAACCACCUUGUCUGAUUUGGAGCCUAAAAUCACCACCAAUUAUGAAGUGAUACGCAACCAGCCUCUGCUCAUUGUGCCAACCUCUGCAGAGAGUGGCUAUGGGGUGGCUCACCUGGGUGGCAAGUAUGGCAACUUGGACUUGAGGCUGGGACUAGAAGAGAGGAGCAUGGCCUCCAGUCCGAUGUCGAGUAUUUCUGCUGAUUCCUUCUAUGCUGAUAUUGACCACCAUAACGCCAGGAACUACGUGUUGAUAGAGGACAUAGGGGAGCUCACCAAGGCCUCAACAGGACUGGGCAGCACUGGCCUGAGUUCUGGAUUCACCCUGCCCGAUAAGGAGUUGUCCAAGGCAGACAGACUACUUAGGGCAGCAGAAGUUAGGCGCACAGCAGAGGUGGCAGAUUUCCUAGGCUCAUCUCGGCUUCAGGGCUAUGGUAAAGGAGAAGAUGACACCAUGGAGGAGCCUUAUGAGCUGAAGCUGCUAAAGCAGCAGAUAAAGCAAGAGUUCCGGCGAGGAACUGAGGGACUAGAACACCUAACAGGCCUCAGCCUGCCCCAGUAUCUCCCCAGUGACAGCAGUUUUCGUCAUUUCCCAAAGGGUGAGAAAUAUAGCAUUGGCAGGCUCACUCUUGAAAAACAGGCAGCAAAGCAGCUCCCAGCAGCUGUGCUAUACCAAAAACAGAUGAAGAACAAAAAGGCCCUAAUAGACCCUAAGGCCAUCACUAAGUUUUCCCCAAUUCAGGAGAGUAGGGACCUGGAGCCUGACUUUGCCAGCUACAUGGGGACGGGGGCAUCUUCAGUGACCAAUCUGGCUGCUAGGGCAAGGCUUCUUCAGGAUGAAAUUACAUUUGGCCUGAGAAAGAACUUGUCUGAGCAACAAAAAUAUUUGGGGUCCUCCCUGGGGGCAAACUUAGCUGGUUCCCUUAAUCUUGGGCAUUCCUUGGGACUGGGAUCAAGCAUUAGAGCCACUGUUCAUGAUGAUGGCACAUACCCCAGUGGCACUCGUUCCCGACCUUCAUCACGACCUUCCUCCCGACCCUCUUCUGUCUAUGGCUUGGACCUGUCCAUCAAACGGGAUCUAUCCAGCUCCUCACUCAGACUUAAAACAGAGGGAGAUGUCUUGGAUGCAGCAUUUGCCCCUGGAGUGACCAGAGCAAAGCCUACCAGUUUACCUAUCAGCCAAAGCCGGGGCCGUAUCCCCAUUGUGGCUCAGAACUCCGAGGAGGAAAGCCCUCUGAGCCCAGUGGGGCAGCCUAUGGGCAUGGCUAGAGCCUCAGCUGGGCCUCUGCCUCCUAUCUCUGCUGACUCCAGGGACCAAUUUGGGUCUAGUCAUUCACUGCCAGAAGUACAGCAACAUAUGAGGGAAGAAUCUCGGACACGUGGUUAUGAUCGAGACAUCGCGUUCAUCAUGGAUGACUUGCAGGGCGCCAUGUCUGACAGUGAAGCACUAAGUGAGACCAUGCUGGCUUUGAACAGAGAUGAUGCCAGAAUCUUUCAUGAAAGUAUCAGACACGCUGGAGGCCCAAACUGGAAUAUAGAAGCCUACCACCUCAGGAGGGAGGACACAGAUUGGUUUGACAAACCAAGAGAAGGGCAUCCACAGGGUGGGUCGGACAGGAGGCAGAUGAAACUGGUCCCCUAUGCUUUUCCUCACGCUCGCAUCAAGCUUAAGAGAGACCCUCAGGACACCAGUGUGUCAGGGAACGGACUAGGAAUCCGCGUGGUAGGGGGGAAGGAGAUUCCAGGAAGCCGAGGGGAGAUCGGAGCGUACAUCGCCAAGGUUAUUCCUGGUGGUGUUACAGAACAGACUGGAAAGAUCAUAGAGGGAAUGCAGGUGCUGGAGUGGAACGGAGUCCCUCUGACGGGAAAGACCUACGAGGAAGUGCAGUGCAUCAUAGGGCAGCCAUGUGCCGAGGCGGAGCUCUGCGUCAGACUAGACCUUAACAUGCUGUCAGACCCUGAGCACCCACAAGCCCUGGAGCAUCAUGUCCAGCUGAAGGCUGGUGGGCAGCGCUCCCCCGGCGUGGACCCCAAGCAGCUCGCCGCGGAGCUGCAGAAGGUGCAGCAGCAGGGUCCCGGCGUAGCGGGGACAGGGGUCGGACCCGGGGGACUGGGGGUCCUCUCUGCACUGGAGCGCUCGGCCCUCCUCCACUCGGGGACCGGGUCGGCUGCCUCCAGCGGCGUGCCGAGCCCCGGCCAGCCGGCGUCGCCCGCCAUUAGCAAGAAGCAGCGACACAAGGCGGCAGAGGUGAUGAAGAUGCCUCACCUCAUCACUGGAGAGAUUCAGCUCCAGAUCAACUACGACAGAAACCUCGGGAACCUGAUCGUCCACGUCCUGCAGGCGAGAAACUUGGCCCCGAGGGACAACAACGGUUACUCGGACCCCUUUGUCAAGGUCUACCUCCUGCCGGGGAGAGGACAAGUCAUGGUUGUCCAGAAUGCAAGUGCUGAUAACAAGAGAAGGACCAAGUACGCUCAGAAAACCAUGAACCCGGAAUGGAACCAGACUGUCAUCUACAAGAACAUUCACCUGGAGCAGUUGAAAAAAAAGACGUUGGAGGUGACAGUGUGGGACUACGACAGAUCUUCCUCCAAUGACUUCCUCGGUGAAGUGCUGAUUGACUUGUCAAACACUGCCCAGCUGGACAACACUCCGCGAUGGCUGCCCCUGAAAGAGCAGAGCGAGAGCAUUGAGCACAGCAGAGCUCACCAUGCUGCCCAAGGCCCACCGGGGUCCGGCACAGGCCAAGGUCACGGCCAAGGUCACAUGUCAGGCCCUGGGAUGGGGCCUGGGCACGGUAUGGGACCGGGUCCAGCACCAGGACAAGCAGAUGGCAGUCUGGAUUCACCUAAAACCUCUGUCAUCAAGAGCAGAAGCCAUGGAAUCUUCCCUGAUCCAUCCAAAGACAUGCAGAUGUUGCCUCUGGAAAAGUCACACAGCAGCCCGGGCAGCUCCAAGUCGUCGUCUGACGGCCAGCUACGCUCGCACGGCCCCUCCCGAAGCCAAAGCAAGAGCAGCGUCACUCAGGCCCACCUAGAGGAUGCCGGGAUAGCUAUUGCUGCCGCAGAGGCUGCCGUGCAACAGUCCCGCCUGCAACCAAGACCAGGCCACCGGCUGGGUGACGUGUCGGCGUCCGUGGUGCUGUCGGCCCCGAGCCUGGUGGGCGACGCCUACGGCGACGGGGAGGACGGCGAGGGCACGGGUGUGGACAGCGCCAUAUUCCAAGUGCCGCGCAUUGGCAAGACUGUUCCUAACGGCACAGACAAAGUCGAGCUGGGGACUCCAGAAAAUGAAGGUGGUAAGACGCAGGUGAUGGGGGAGAUAAAAGUCGCGCUCAAAAAGGAGGUGAAGACAGAGGGAGACCAGCUGGUCUUGGAAAUCCUUCAGUGCAGAAACAUCACUUACAAGUUCAAAAGUCCAGACCACCUGCCAGAUCUGUAUGUGAAACUGUACGUGGUGAACGUGGCCACUCAGAAGAGGAUCAUUAAGAAGAAGACCAGAGUGUGUCGACACGACAGGGAGCCGUCGUUCAACGAGACCUUCAGGUUCCCCCUCAACCCGACCGGACACUCCAUCCAGCUGUUCUUGGUGUCCAAUGGAGGAAAGUUCAUGAAGAAGACCCUGAUAGGAGAAGCGUACAUCUGGCUGGACAAAGUGGAUAUGAGGAAAAGAGUGGUCAGCUGGCACAAGCUGUUCGUCAGCUCCACUCAGACCAACCCCUGAAGACGCCGUGAGGCCAGAGCAAAGACAAAAAAAAGGGCAAAGGGAAUAAACAAAGAUCAACUUAUUUUAAUUCCUCAGUUCAUACGUUUUUAGAAACAGGGAAUGACGUACUAACACCUUCAGCUGUAUCGGUCCAGUCCAGUCCUGCCAGCACGCACUGUACUGAUGCCCGCCUCCUCCGGCACGAGUCUCCGCUGGCUGUGGACUGUGUAAGAUGCAAAAAUUUGAAAAAGACGCAGCAAGCAAUAUCGCUCCGAAAGCAGUGACGUCUUUCUUCUUAUUAUUUUCUGGUGCUGUGCAAAUGAGCUAACAUAUCGGUCAUAGGUUCGGAUGGAGUCUGGGGAAAAAAGCAAAAAGGGAUAUGGGGAGACGGCUGUUGACAUCGGUGGUGUUGACAAAUGAGAUGAUGGAGAAAUACAUUAUGUUUUAUCAUCAUUUACAUGUAAAAAAUACGAAAAAUAUCUCAUGUGGGACAAAGUUAGAGAGAUGACUUUUUGCUAUGGGAUGGAGAUGUACAGCACUUCAGAUUGUAGAUAUAACAUAUGCAGGUUACAGAGCAUAUCAGAUGUUUAUACGAUAUACUAAAAUACGAGACGGAGAAUAUAUGUAGGUACAGUAUAGAGUAUAGAGUAUAACACCACCAGAGUAUUUAUGAGAAGAUAUAAAUAUCAUUUAAGGCUGUAGGUGGCGCACUGACAAUCCAGUAGGCUGCUCGAGCCUAUGGUGUAGACAGUUGUAAGAACUGUUAUGUGAAUGUGGACCUAUGUGAGUGACGAAGUAGCUCUUCCAGUCCCGUGAUCACACUGCUGCACCGUGCAAUAUCAACAGGGCUGUGAUGCAUCCAGAGGUCAAAGGUCGACACCCAGUAGCACCUUUUGCGCAGGACCGGUCCGAAUGACAGCGGGACGAACAGCGUCUGGUGCUGUCUGGAAUGUUCCGAGCCUAGCGUAGAGUGAAUAGAGUUCGUCACGCCUGCGUCAUGUGUGCGACAUUUUACUUUAAGGCUUCUGUAGUUGCUCAGAGUCCGCUGAUAUUUCCUCCUGUGUAACCCAUCGUGUAGAGUAACGGCGCUGUUAGAACGGACAAGCCGCGUGUAGAUGUGCAACUGUCACUACACCUGUAUGGCAGCUCUGCUUUGUGUGUAUAAGUAAAACACCCCAGUCUGAUUUUUAUUUAAGGUAAUUUUAAAAAAAAGAAAAAAAUAAUCUCAAAAGUCCAAUGUCAAGGUUCCUCUGUGUGUCUGACUGUGCUGUAAAACUCACUGUGCUGUGUGUGUCAGUGACUCCCGUUGCAAAACAGUGAACCAGCCUCUUUCACUGCCUGUGACCAAAACACUCAGGCCCACUGGGGUUCAGUCAUAUUUAGGUCAGAAGAACUACUAAUGCGCAAAUGGAUGAACCACCAAUUCAUUUUGUGAUGUUCUGCCACCACAUCGACGGAGCCUCACAGCCCGGUCAGUGUAUUCAGGCAUAAAACAGGGCUGAUGCAAUUUCUUUUAAAUAUAUAUAUACAUGACAGGAAACAACAAAUAUGAUUAAAAACAAGAUGUCACAUAAAUUAUUGCUAUGGAGGAAAACAGAAAAAGAGAAUAAGGAGGUUGAUUUUUCAAAGAAUUACUUUGCUGUGCCAACUUUGUUUUUUUUUUAUUCCAGAGUCAUUAGUUCCUUUUAAGUAAUUCUAUGCAACUCAGAUGUGUUUGGAUGCAUUUGAUUUUGGAAUUAAAUGUUUUUUCUGUGAACAUAUAGUCCUAAAUAGUCUUAUAGAAAAAUGAUUUUAAUUUGUACAUCACAGAAAAAUUAAAUCUAUUGAUUUUUUUACUGAUUUUAAUAUAUAUUACUGUUAAUAUCUUCAUGGAGCUUGUGCACUUUAUUAUUACACAGUUUACUUUCUUCACGCAGCAUUAGAGCACGUGUUUUGUGUUCUCCUCCACUGGAACGAACUGACUCAUGCAGUAUGUGGUAAUUGAAACUAUUGUGGUGUGCAUUGUGCAUCUAUGUGGCAAAAGAAAAAAAUAAGAGGUUCCUAAACACAGUGCACAGUUUGGGGGGUGAUCCUGCUCACUACACCAUGUCCAUAGUCUACUGACCACGCUGUGUUCGAGUACAGUAAAAAAAAAACACCAUUACAUUCCCUCGAUGCUCAGCUUUGACCGCUGAGUCGCUCAUAUUUCCCUCAAGCUAAAUCCUAUUUGUUCAUAUCAGCUGUUGCCUGCAAUUGUGGAAGCAUCCAUUCGUUGUCGUUCCGAGGGGUGUGAAUGUGACAUGUGUACAUAAAGUGUUUAUUUUCUACAAAGACUGAAUGUUUAUAUUGUCCAAAGUUUGAGCAUGUGAGUGUUGAAAAAAAAAUGAUUAACAAAAGAUUUACUAAUUGUACAGCAAUGAGUGUCUGUAGUGGUUCAGUAUACGGGGAUGUGACUGUGUAAUCCAUGUGCUGUCAACCAAUGGCCGUCUGUGCAACCACAUCCCGCGAGCGGCUGAAACAAAGCAAGGGAAAAAAAAUCGACUCAACUUCAAUAGCUGUCUGAGACUUUCUGUUUUGGAUGUUGCAUGUUCCGUUGAUGGUUCGUCAGUAUAUUUUGCCUACAGAUUAUGUUGAAAAAGAGACAGAAUAUGUAUAGAUUUCUCUGUAUGCUGACUGUAAAGAAAUAUGCUUGUACAAUUGUCUUGUUUUUCACUCAGUGUAAAAACAAAGAAUCCAAUGUUAUGGUUUUGUGGUUGUACACAGGAUGUGUUGAGAUAUUAUGCAAUUUGUGCUGUAAAGAAAAUCAGCUGUUUCCCUCGAGUCUAAAGAAUAAAUAUCAACAAGAGCUAUAUUACA